AUGGCCGGUUGGAAGAAAUACGCACGAAUAAUUUUGCCUCAUGUUGGCCUCAUUAUCCUGUCGUUGCUGUACAUAAUCGGCGGUGCUUUUGCAUUUUAUCACUUGGAACGGCCGAAUGAAAUCGCAGUGAGGCGCGAGAGCCUGAAGGAAGUCUAUGCCCAGCGAAAAUUAAUGCUCGAAGAACUGUGGGCUGUUUUGAAUGACAAUUCGGUCUCAGAUGGUAUGUUCGGAAAAAAAGAAUAG